ACUCAUUCACUCGGAUUCCUUCUUUUUCUUCAUUAUUCAAUAUUUUCCAAAAAAUAAAAAUAAAAGGAAUGCAAAAAUCAUUUCUCACAUAUUUUAAUGUAGUAGUACUGUUGCUCUCGUUGGGGGUUGUGGCCACUCUCUAUAUCUUUCUCUUUCCCCUCACACAGUAGUUAUCAUCCACCAGUCCCCUUUCCUGACUUUGCUCCCUCUCACUUGGUUCUUUCUCCUCCCCUCCCCUCCCCUUUUCCUUUCUUAAUUCAAAUACUAUCAAAUCACCACCACCACCAACAACAACAACAACAGAUCCGAGGUUAGGGAAGAUUCACAUCAAAUCAAAGGGAGGGGGAUAUCCAUCAAAUCAGCUCAUCACAUCAAAGUCAAUAGAAAUUAUAUUAGGAGAAGAGAAGCAGAAGAGAAGAAGAGAAAAAAAAAAAAAAAAAAAAAGAAAGAAAAAGCUACUCGAAGGCCCCCCACCCUCCUCCUUCCAUAAUAUUUCAACGCAAAAAGAAGUACUAAUUAAUCGUCAAGUGAUCAUGUCUUCUUCUUCGGCCGCCGCCUCCUUCUCCCAGCUGGACCACUUCUCUCCGCCUCCCUCGGAGCAGCUCUGCUACGUCCACUGCACCUACUGCGACACCGUUCUUGCAGUGAGUGUUCCCUGUAGCAGCCUGUUCAAGACGGUGACCGUGAGAUGCGGUCACUGCACCAACCUUCUCUCGGUCAACAUGAGAGGGCUGCUGCUUCCAGCUGCGAACCAGCUGCACCUCGGCCACGCCUUUCUUGCUCCGACACAUCACAAUCUUUUGGAUGAGAUUGCAUGUCCGCCUCCGAGCUUGCUGGUAGAUCCGGCGAACAUGCAUAAUAACUCGAUGAAUCCGGUGAAGGGAGCUGAGGAAGAGAGGCCUCAGAAUCCAGUUGCUAAUAGACCUCCAGAGAAGAGGCAGAGAGUUCCGUCGGCCUACAAUCGCUUCAUCAAGGACGAAAUCCAGCGCAUUAAGGCUGGGAACCCUGAUAUCACUCACAGAGAGGCCUUUAGUGCCGCUGCAAAGAAUUGGGCUCACUUCCCUCAUAUCCAUUUCGGUCUCAUGCCUGAUCAAAGCUUGAAGAAGAACAACGUUCGCCAGCAGGAAGGAGAUGAUGUUCUUCUCAAAGACGGAUUCUAUACUGCAGCAGCAAAUAUGCAAGGGGUCACUCCUUAUUGAUUAGAACAAUCUACUUCUUGAGCGAAUUCUAGGGUUCUUUCCUUCUUUGAUCUUAAUCUUGCUACUAGUGUUAAUUAGGGCAUAAUUAUCUCUCUUCUUUCAUCUAAUCGCAUCAAGUUGCAUGGCAUGUCUUUGUUGUUGUAAUUUAUGUAGAGACUUGAUGGGAGGAAUUACUGUUGGCAGCUUCAUUUGUUGUUUUCCAAACUAGGGUUUCAUGCUCUCCUCUCUCUCUCUCUCUCUCUCUCUCUCAAAGCUCUUUUUCUUUUCUUUUUCUCUUGUUGGGUAAAGAGAGGCAAUGGAAAGGGGUUUGUAUGUGUGUUGCCUUUUCCACGAA